CCAACCCCUGCCUUCUCUCUCGUCUCUGCUAUUUAUAUAUAUAUAGAUAUAUAUGUUUAUUAGUUUGAUUGAUUGUUGAUUUGCUUCAGUUAAACGAACAAAUCAAUUUUUUUUGUUUGAGUGUAUAACAGGAUGGGAAAGAGGGCGAGAACAAGCAUCGACACGGCGAUUGUCGAUGUAUGGAAACGAGAAGUCGGCGGCCUCUCUACCAGAAACUUCGCUCAGCGUCGCGGCGCCUCCGAGGAUCUUGUUCUUCGACUCGAUCUCUUUAGGAAGCUGGAAAAACACAGAGGUUGUGUUAACACAGUUAGCUUCAAUGCAGAUGGUGACAUUCUCGUGUCAGGCUCUGAUGAUAGGAGGGUCAUACUCUGGGAUUGGGAAAGUGGGCACAUUAAACUCUCAUUCCACUCAGGUCAUAACAACAAUGUUUUCCAGGCGAAGAUGAUGCCUUACUCAGAGGAUCGAAGCAUUGUUACUUGUGCUGCUGAUGGGCAGGUGAGACAUGCUCAAAUUCUAGAACGCGGUCCAGUGGAGACCAAAUUGCUGGCAAAACAUCAAGGACGGGCCCACAAAUUGGCCGUCGAACCCGGCAGCCCUCAUAUAUUUUAUACAUGCGGUGAAGAUGGAUUGGUUCAGCAUUUUGAUCUGAGAACUGGAACUGCGACAGAACUUUUUACUUGUCAACCUCUCCAAGAUAGAGGUUACAUGCCAUUAGUUCAUCUUAACGCAAUUGCCAUAGAUCCGAGGAAUCCUAAUUUGUUUGCAGUCGCCGGAUCGGACGAGUAUGCUCGACUCUAUGAUAUUCGCAAAUAUAAAUGGGAUGGCUCAAUUGACUUUGGACAGCCAACUGAUUUCUUUUGCCCCCAACAUUUAAUUGGUGACGAGCAUGUGGGGAUAACAGGACUGGCAUUCUCAGAUCAGAGCGAGCUUCUUGUUUCUUACAAUGAUGAGUUUAUCUAUCUUUUCACUAGGGAUAUGGGUUUGGGACCUGAUCCGAACAUGGGCUCUUCAGUGUCUAUGGGCACUGAUGCAGGUGAAAUGGUUCCCGACCAUCAUUCGGAAGAAUCUCCAACAGAUAUGGAUCCAGAUGUCAAAGUUGGUCCCCAAGUCUAUAAGGGUCACAGGAACUGUGAGACAGUGAAAGGCGUGAACUUCUUUGGGCCUAAAUGUGAGUAUGUUGUUAGUGGGUCAGAUUGUGGCCGGAUUUUCAUUUGGAAGAAGAAGGGUGGGGAACUCAUUCGUGUCAUGGAAGCAGAUAAUACUGUGGUGAACUGUACUGAAUCUCAUCCUCAUACUGCUGUGCUUGCUAGCAGCGGAAUCGAGUACAAUAUAAAAAUGUGGACGCCAAAAGCUAUAGAUAGAGCUACUCUGCCUACAAAUAUUGAAAAGCUGAGACCCAAGGCAAAGGGCUGGUUACACCACUUGGUUUCACCGCAGGACCUUAUGCUGCAAUUGUUUUCACUGCAAAGGCAGGGGACAAGUCCGGAUCAGAACGGAGAGAAUUCAUCCGCUGGACAGGACCUGCUAGAGCUUAUUUUAACGUUUGAUGCCAACAGUGAUGGUUCAUCAGACGAAGGCAGAGAUAACUCCAGUGCUGAAGACUGUUUUGAAUGAUGUCGGGCCACACUUUGCUUAAAAAGCUUUGGUAACUGUACAUAACAAGUGAUUAAGCUCUUUCAAGUGGCUUUGGUUACUCUAAAUAAUUUUUCCGGUUUUGUUUUCCUAUGAAUGAUUUUCAGUAUUCAAUAAACCUAUCGUAUGUUUAUGGUUAUUUUCUUUGUAAUAGUUCUUGUUGUAAUAUAUCAAGUUUGUUCAUGUCCAGAGAAGAAUCAGCUCAAGAUGAAGUGUGUUGAUGAUAGCAG